AAGAGGUGCAGGGUGUCUCCUUAGUCGACACUACUACACCUACUACAACUACUACUACUACUACUACUACUUCUACUUCUACUGCUACUGCUACUACUACUACUACAACUUGUACCUUAUAAUGAAUCUCCAAAUACAAUUGUGCCUGGUGGUGAGCGCGGCGCUACAGUCCAAGGCUCAUCAAACAACACGACUUAAUUAUACCACCACCUUCCUUCACAUCCGCCCGAGCUUUGUGACCUCCAUCUCCAGUGCAGAGUUUCUUCUGCCUCAAGAGAAGAAGUUACUCCUAAAAUAUCUACCCAAUAACACCAGCACCCUGCGCGUCCCUGUGUGCUUCCCAGUUUUUCAAAAGUGUAAAGGUUCCACCCGACUGAGAAGCUGGGAUGACAGCUUCAGCACAUUAGGCUACUGGCACUUGCCAGUAAAUGGCACCUGUAUCAGUUACAGCAUUAGUUACAGACAAGAGAGUGAAUGUGCCUGUGUUGACGAGUCCAUACGUUGGAACGGAACUCUUCUGUAUGACAAGUUACAGAGCAACGAAGGUUUGUCGUGGAAUAUAUCCAAACAACAGACAACUAUGGAACCUGGAGAAUGUGGAGUCCCUAAAUUUAUCCCAAGUGAAAAUGUCCAAGAGAACUUAGACUACUACCAUGUUUUGGAGCUGCCACUGAACAAUGCGGACGUCAAUUUCCUCUAUUUAAAAUUAUGUACCACUAAUGAGUGUAAGGGCGGGACAGUGACGCAUAUGGACACCUUCUACGAUGAAAUUAAAGUAAAGAUUAAUGUUGGCAAACCUAUCGAUGUGCUUCUCACUGUGCCCCGUCACCACUGCGUCUGCUCCGCCUACUCUCCCCACUACAAAGACCUCAGCCUCUCUUUGGACGACAUGGUGAUCAACGUGAGUGCCUGUGGUAUCUUUAACAUCUCAUCAGUUUAUAAUAUCAACCACAUUCUAAGAAACCUGAUUCAGAAAUGUGAAGCUGCGACCUCACAUAAAACUGAAGAUAGAGGAAUUAUGACAACAGAGAGACAGGAACAAGAUGUGAUGGGGGUGUUCCAAGAUCCCUCUGUCCAAGCCGCCACAGCUACUGAACACACCGCCCAUAACAUCCUAUUGGUGGUAACUGUAGCGUUAAAUAUACACCUCAUAAACUGCUAUUGAAUUUGUUUUAUUUAUAACCUUC